AUGUCUAGUUUUCUCAAUCUUCUUGCACUUGUGCCUCUGGCACUAGCUGUCACCCCGACCAUGAUGGUCCCUAAUCAGGUCAUGAUUUUCAAAGAAAACGACUUCGCAAUGAAUGCCGGCCGAACAGGAAUGCCCAUCACGUCUGAUGGAAAUUGCAUGAAUUUCGACAACAUGUCGGAGUAUGCUAAAUCAUCCAGCGACUACUCUUGCAACAACGAGCUAUUCACCUUUACCCGACCCCAUGCGAAUUUGCUCAGACGAGCCGUUGGCGAUGGUGUUGGCAGACAUGUCAGAAGCAUGAAAUGUGCGAUGGUCCAUUCCCCUGCCGACAGACGAGGACAUAUCUUCUCAAGUAAUCAUGCGUCCACCAAGAGUCCAAGCAGCUGCCCCAAUGACAGUUGUUCCGGUGAACAGAACUGUCAAUCAACCCACCCGGAUUACGGCAUGUACUGCUCUUCUAGCUCAAAGACCUGCCAACAAACUUCUGUAGUUGGCGCUCUUUGCAGGGAAGAUGGCCAGUGUGUCAACAGUCAUUGCCAGAGUGGAAAGUGUAUGGCUGCCGCAGAGAACCUGCGUUGCGCGCAGGGCUCUGAGUGUCCUUCUAGCCUGAGAUGUCGUCCUACCCGUGUUCUCAACUUGCUUGGGGGUUCCAAUGUUGAAAUGAUCUGCAUGAAAGAUGAGGAUGUUCGCGGCACCCAGUGCUCUGCUGAAAAGCCUUGCCCGGCGCAUAUGUCGUGCAGUCUUCAACAUGAGACUAACGUGUACUUCUUUGUGAAGGAUGUCAAGCUUGGAGGAAAUGGUAUUCAAAUUGAAAGCCCUGGAGGAACUGGAUACUAG